AUGGAUCCCAAUUCCGCCUUAUCGCAUGCGAACAACCUCCUCGCCCGCGCGGAAUCCUCAGGCCGCCCACCGGUGUACAAGGCCGUCGGUAUUUCGCUGGCUGUCGCAUCGGGUGUCUUCAUCGGUAUCUCGUUCGUGGUUAAAAAAAUCGGACUGCUGAAGGCGAACGUGAAGUACAAUGAGGAGGCCGGUGAAGGAUAUGGAUAUCUCAAGAACUUUUGGUGGUGGACUGGCAUGACGCUGAUGAUUGUUGGAGAGAUCUGCAAUUUUGUGGCGUAUGCGUUUGUCGAUGCGAUUCUGGUCACACCUCUUGGUGCGCUGUCGGUUGUGAUUACCACGAUUCUGUCGGCGAUUUUCCUCAAGGAACGGCUUAGUUUCGUGGGGAAGGUUGGCUGUUUCUGUUGUAUCAUUGGAUCGGUGACUAUUGCCAUGAAUGCUCCUGAGCAAUCGUCUGUGGAGGAUAUUCAGGGCAUGCAGCAUUUUGUUCUUCAGCCUGGAUUUCUGGUCUACGCUGGGUUGAUUAUUGUUGGAGCUGCUUUUACGGCUCUUUGGGCUGGUCCACGUUACGGAAAGUCGAGCAUGUUUGUUUAUAUCAGUAUUUGCAGCAUGGUUGGUGGAUUAAGUGUCGUCGCUACCCAGGGCUUGGGCUCUGCUAUUCUCGCUCAGAUUAAUGGCGAGGAGCAGUUCAAGCAUUGGUUCCUAUAUGUCUUGCUUGUGUUUGUCAUUGGGACCCUGCUGACUGAGAUUAUUUAUCUCAAUAAAGCGCUUAAUCUUUUCAAUGCCGCCCUGGUCACCCCGACUUACUAUGUGAUGUUCACUAGCGCCACCAUUAUCACUUCCGCCAUUCUGUUCCAAGGCUUCAAGGGUACGGGGAUCCAAAUUGCGACUGUCAUCAUUGGGUUCAUGCAAAUCUGCGCCGGUGUGGUGUUACUGCAGCUAUCCAAGUCCGCCAAGGACGUCCCCGAUGCUGCGAUUUUCAAGGGCGAUCUGGAUCAGAUUCGAGAGGUUGCCGAAGUAGAAGAACCUGAAUCCGAGCCCAAGGCAGACUCCAUUCGUGGUGCGGCCUCUAUCAUCCGUCGCAUUUCGACUGCUCGUCGCACUAUGGAAUCAGAUGAAGCCCGCCGUUUCUUCCAUGACAAGCAUGAGGAUACCCUGAAAGUGCCAGGCGAGAACGAGAUAAUUGAAUGGGAUGGCCUGCGUCGGCGUAAGACUGUCAUUGGCGAGGGGCCAACCAUGUCACGGCCAAUCACUCCGCGAACACCCUCAGUCAAGCAACAACAUCCGCCGUGGGGCAUGUCACGGUUGCCCGCUGAUGAGCAUGAGGACGAUCACCGACCUAGCACCAAGCAAAGCAGCCAUUCUUUCAUGGAUAACAUUCGGUCUCGGGCUACCAGCGUCCUUCAUCCUUCUCAGUGGAAGGCCGUGAAUACAGAAGACGACAAAGGCUCUAACGUCAAUACACAAUCAGUGGGGAUGACAGACAUGCCACACCGAAGUGGCAAUGCUGACACAGAAUACCAUGGUGCCGGUAUGGCUGGUGGUUUGGAGGCUCCGUUCAACGCAAACCGUCCGCGUAGCGAUACACCACGGUCUAUAUCAUGGGCAGACGAAAAGCCCGACUCCCUGGCACCCGAACCUCUCGCCAACACUACCCGCCGUCAGUUCUCUUUCAACACCAUGAUGGGCCGUACAAAGGCCGACAGCGAGUCUUCCGUCAAACCUACACCAGGUUCGCCCCGUGGAAUCCUACGCCGAACGCACCUGGCAGCCGAUAUGCGCAAGUCCGCAACUGAAGAAGAAUCACUCGGUCUCGUCCAUGGCGACUCACGCCAUUCACAGCCGGAAGAAGAGCUCCUGAACGAAAAGCUAGACCGCUGGUCGAGCGCCGAGUCGGAACUUGGCGAGCCCCAACCCAUGUUCGCAGGGCGAUCACACGGCAACUCCGUGUCCAGCAACAAUACCGCCGCAUUCCCGGCCUACGAGGAUAACCACGACGACUACUCCGAAUCCAACAACCCUUACUACCUCCCGCACAACCGACAAACCACCUCAUCCCCAGAACCCCUCACCCACGAUGAAGACGGAUGGAGACACCCUUCAUCGAGGGGCAGUGGUAGCAGAACUCGCACACGGACAACCUCUUCUGUCAAUGCCCAUUCUCGGGCUCCACCCCCCGCCCAAUCCUCCUUCUCUACCCACCGCCAUCCAAACCCCCUCCCGCCACUCCCUGAUAUCACACCUACUACCACCCUCGAUCUCAUGCCCACCGCAGCCGAUGCCUCGGGUCUGAGAUCAGUCUCUUCAGACUCUGAUAUGGCAGCGACCUUCUCUAGAGAGGCAGGAGGCCACAGUGAACCCCCACUUAUCUACCCGACCCGCCAACAGAGCGGCUGGCGUCGGCAUCUGUCUGACAACAGCAGCCAUGAUGGUGAGACAUAUGCCACGCGCGGAGGCAGGGGG